CCAUCUGUGGUUGUCACCCCUCCUUAAUGUAUAGGAUUCUCUACUAAAUCUUACACUAAAUAACAUAGCCUAAAUCAUGGAGCUCUGCAGCAAACAUUACAUUUAUCUGAGAGAGGGGGUUGUUGCUAUGGAAUAGUUGGGCUCGCAAGUCUCUUGGGCAGGAAAGUUCAGGUAAGGUUGAAUGUAAAUGAUGGGGACCUUAUUUGUGGCAUGCACCGAUAUUAGGACUUGUAAUGACUUCACGUAAUAAUGAUGUAAGAUUAUUCAGGAUCCUCAUCACAGGCACUGCUGUUGCUCCACUCCUAUCGCCCAUAUCCUACUACAGCAGGCAGGUCGUCCUCAGCGGGGGGGCACCUGCUGUCCCGCUCCGCGCUGCAGUGGCUGUGAGAUGAGAGGAGCAGUACAUGAUUCGUGCACAGCUGGAAAGAAAGGCAGACCUGUAACACCUGUACGCACUUUUAGUAUUACAACGUUACACAUCGCACGCACGAGAGACGCAACACGCGCAUUACCUUCCAUCAGGGAGAUCCAGAAAUGAUGCCCCGUCUGCCGGGCGGCGACAGGACAACGUGCGGGACCACCAGCACCUUUUUGUCGGCAUGUCUGGUCUCCGCUUGCCAUGCCCUCCGGAACUGCGGGGAGGUCCAGUGCGGCGAUGGCCACCAGUGCUGUCCGCCCAUCGUCACCCUGAACGGCAGUGCCAGCACCACAGUGCGCUGCUGCAAGCUCCCCAUCCACAUAUUCUUCGACAACGUAGGCUGGUUUACGCGGAAGCUGUCGGGCAUCCUGAUCCUGUUACUGCUUUUUGCCAUGGGCUACUUCAUCCAGCGGAUCAUCUGCCCGCGGCCCCGACGGAACCCGCACAAUGACCGCAGCGAGGAGCCCUCCCUCUUUCACGGCCACGCAUCGGCGUCCCAGGACUCCCUGCUGGACCGGUACCCCGAGUACAGCCUCAGGGAAUUCGCCUCUCCGAACCUGCCAGCAUACGACGAAGUAAAAUAUUUGCCCACGUAUGAGGAAAGCAUGCAGGAGAUGCACAGAGACCGGUCCGAUGAUAACUUGCUGUCGGAAAACGAGAGCGGCGGUCAGGGCAGGGUGAGAGCCGCGGGACCGAGAGCCGGAGACCAGAGACUGGAUGUCCUGGAGGUGUCAGGACCGCAACACAGCCCAAGGACAUCUCGGAACUCUGUCUGAGAUUGGACAAAGCUACGGAGACAAUAUAGCAUUCUUAUUUUAAUAUAAUCAGGGUAAUUAUCUUGCGGAGAUAUAAACUCAAGUGCAAUUCUAAUCCUGAAUGUUAAGAAUAAAAGAGGAGGCUGAGAAAAUGUACGUGUUUUGUAAGAUUAUGGAGGAUUACUCGCCUUUUGUAUGCAAAUGACCGCUUGGAGAUUAUGAAGAAAGCGAAGGCGGCUGAAAUUGACGCUCUUUGUGAGAGGGACAGCUAAUUUGGCUCCGGUACAAUCGCAUUAAGUUUUACUUCAGCACCUCAAUCUUAAGUGGCACCGUGAGACAGUUUUUCUUCUGUCAAAUUCUCGUCCUUUCUUAGUCUUGAUGCUAAAUAUUCUGCUGGACCUGAAAGACCUGCUUUUCUUUUAUUAAGUCUUUAUUAAAUUUGCAUCCAAAAGGAAGAAUAUUUAGUUGUUUUUCCCUCAGUAACCUGAAAUAUGGUCCGAAAGAGGGAUGAAGGGAUGAAUAUCAAUUUUAAUACUUUCUGCAGCACCAUUUUUCAUCAGCCAGCUUUAGAGCCAGUUCAUUUAUAUAUUAUCAGCAUGGAAGCAAUAUUUUGUUCAAAAUGACUCACACACACAUGCACAUAUAGCCUACACACUUCAGUGGGGGGCUGACAGAUGAGCAUUUUAUCUAAGACCUGAGCCAUGUCUCAUAUGUCUACUGCAAAAGCUGAAGCCACAGCAGACAAGUGCAAUUUACAAAAAAAAAAAAAAAAAGCUCUGAUCCUGGGAGCCUUACUGCCAGAGGCUACAUGUAGGCCUGUCAGCGUCUGCUAGGUUCUGAAUUCUGUAAAAACAAUGGCAAUAUUACAGCUGCCAUACUGAUAUGGCGUAAGCAAAGACACAAAGUUGUGUUUGAUGAUAGCAUGUCAUGCCAGAUCACAACUGCUGCCUCAAGCAGAACUAACACUGUACAGCUCCAACCAAGCACAUGAGACAAAAGACAAAGGGACAUCUACAGGAAACAGGGGUGACACAGAGACAGGAGGCAGUCUUUCUUUGUUCUGGCAGAGUGGUCUGAGAAUAUCUUCAGAUCGACUUGUAUGUUGACCUCAAGUGUGUAACUGUCCCCUGCUAAUUUGCAUAUCUGACUAAUGAGACAGGUAGUGUCUUUUUUUCCGAAAACCAAGCUAACACCACACACACUUCAUUACAUCAGGCUUAAUGGCUUGUUUACCUGGAUUAAAGCUAAACAUGUAUUUGCCAUUAACUGUCCAUUAAAAUGCCUAAUUAUGUUAUAAUAUUGAAAAAGCUCAUUUGUCAGUGUCACUUUGCUUUGACAUUAUCCAGGCGUGUGGUAAACAGUCACACUUGCCAUAUCAUAUCUCCAGCCCAGACUUGAAGUAAUGUGAGCACAUCAUUAGUCCCAGGGCAAAAGAGAAGACAAGUACAUUUCAAAGAGAAUUUUGUUAUUGCCAAGCUUUUUCACAAUUAAGUGAUUUAUCAUUGGUUUACAAAAUUCCAUAGAAAAGUGAAAAAUGUCCAGCAUGAGUUCCCAGUCUUCAAAUUGCUUGUUUUGUCUGACCAACAGUCAAAAACACCAUCAUAGAAUGCUCAGAAAACUCGCAAAUAUCCACAUUUAAGAGACUGGAAGAAAUUGCUUUUUUUUAAACAAUUUUGUUUAAAAAAUACUUUAAGG